AUGACCAGGCUCCGAGGAGCUUCUAUCGACGACCCUGAUCUUGCACGAUCGGCCGGCGGUAACGGACGCGCUCACAUCUAUCGGUCAAAGCUGCCACCAAACGCGCCCGAGACCAUUAUACAGAAUACCAUUGAAGUUUCGGACUCGUCAAGGGUAUUACCGAGGUAUCGCGAUGAGCGAAGGCGAGGUUUUAAUGGGUUGGUUAGAAGAUACAAAGCACAACUCCUAUACGGUUGUGAGGACCCCGGAUGUCAAACCCCCACUUGCGCAAGUCGCUGCCGAAGAAUUAGCGACGGACCGUAUCGCCGCUACACGGAACUAAGCGCACGCACUUUGGCCUGCUACCUCGCCAGUUUGGAUGAUGCGGAGAGUGGCUUAUGCCGGAACACACCUAAACUUCCACCCGAAUUGAAAGUCGAAGACUACCACCGAAUCUCCUUACGAAGAUCACGUACUCUCGAAGCACAGAAAGCUGCGGCCCGCAAAUCCCCCAAACCGGAGAAGGAGGAGGUACUUGGUAGUGGCAAGACAACUGUUGAGGGCACAAAUGAAGAUACGCCUGGGGUACAGGGCACAAGUUACAUCCAAGACCUCGAUCAUGCGGCAGAACAACAACUUAAAGACCCGAAAUCAUUUACCCAAAACCUCUUCGACACAAUCUCAUUGCGCAUGGUUGAAUGGCUUCCUCUGCGUCGCACGCCGGACCACGUUGAAGCCAAGCCGAUACCAACGCCACAAAUAACAAACGAAUCUAGCAAGAAAUCGAGCCAGGAGAAAGUCUCAAACGGACGGCGAAAAUCUCAUGGACGAUCUGUCACUGCGAAGCACACGCAGCCUCGUACUCCAUCAUCACGAACACAACCUGCGGUGGAGCUCAAGUUUCCGAAUCAUCAUGUCAAACGACGAUCUGUCCCUGAAGUUGACCACUGGCGCCAAAGCCCUCGGUCAAGUCUUGAGGACAAACGGAAGCCGGAGUUCAAUCUCAAACUUCCACCACCGUCUACGAAUGAAUACCCUAGCCUACCCUCUCCUCCAGCACUAAAACAUAGACCUCAAAAACAUCGGGGGCGGAUUGGAGAACUAGAUUCGGUUCCCCAAGAACGUCGCAAGGCCCAACGACGCGUUUCUUGGGAUAGUGAGAAACUUUUGCAUCACGUCUCUGAGAAGGCCACCGUGAACACUGAGCUUCUUCCUCUGAUGCCGGCUGAUACCCAAUCACCCAGUGAGCGUGAAGCAAAGCAUGAACAGGUUGAGCACUCACAAGAUCAAGCACCACUGGCCCAAUCGGUUACUCAUUUGAACCCGGAGAUCAUUGAUGGCCUGUCAAAAGUCAUGAUUGAAUCCGACGAGGACGCUGAGAGUUGGAAGGAAGAACUUGAUCGCAUGCAGGCAGCGGGCAGCUUCGAGCAACCUGAUUGGCAAUUUGCGACUCUUAGGCAACGUGAAGCCUUUCCAUUCGUUGCUCAAAGUACAUUUUUUGUACUAAGUAGCCCGCGUCAAAUUUUGCGUUCGUUUGGAAAAGAACAGACAGACAUUCUCGAGGCAAAUCGUUUGGAUGUAACAUGUUUGCGCACAUCUCUACAGCGCCUAUUUUCUCUUUGUCCAUGGGAUAUUGCAUUGCAUAGUCUAUGGAGCAGUUUGGAUAGGAUGUUCAUCCCACCGGAUGGAUUCACUUCCGGUCGGCCCUCGCGCCGGUCAUCUCGGAGCUCGACAAUGACUGGGCCAACCCCAGUUGUUCCACGGCGGCUGACUGAAUCUGUGGAAGAGCAUUUGUCUGAUCCUGAUGCUGCCUACAUUGCUACUAUUGUGCUAUUCGCCUUGGUAAGCUCCGUUCCAAAGAUUGACCAAGGAGCUUGGCAGGCAGUUGUUCAGAUGCGUGCCUCUGGCUUUGUUGCUUCCUUAUCAGACAUGCGCAAGCUGCCUGUCGAGUCUGCCCAGCAAGCGGUUGAGGUGACAGAUAGAUUCGAACAUGAGCUAGGCCUUCGCUUGAUCAACCGUCUGGUGCGUGCUCUCACAGCGCGCAUAGCCUACCAUGAAAUAUCCAAAGCGCGACAAGUCUACAGCUUGGACUUUCCCAAACAACGAAAGAUUAGCGUGUUGGACCGCGUGAUGGACUAUCUCAGCGAAUACCACCGUUCUCAGGAUGAGACAGGCUCAAUCAACCCCUCCUCCCUCAUCGUUGAAUGGCUUCGGACGCUCUUUUUACGCGAGUGGGAUGGCAACCCAGAUAUGGCUCGUAGUAGUCCGGCUGGUGGCGCUGUACAAAUCCUAGCCUCAAUGUACAAGCAACGAAAUCGACUCGGUUUGUCUGCUGAAGACUUCCAUACACCACUUCUCGCCGAGCGGCUGGACCCCUUGGAGAUGCCUGUGGCGUGGGUCGGAGGCCUUUCGAACAACCGAACAAUGCAUCUACUCUCAUAUUCCUUCCUCUUCCCUCCGUCUUCGCUUGUCAUUUACUUCCGUUCUUUGAACUAUUCUGCUAUGGCCAAAAGUUACGAAGCUGCCAUGACCACAACGAGGCAUGUCACACAGACUGCCUUUGGCGCGAUCCAGAUAACUGAGGAUCUUGGCCUUCUCACUCGCAUGAAAACAUCCAUGUCAACGUACCUUGUUCUUGUUGUUCGACGAGACAACAUUCUGUCAGAUGCCUUAAGCCAGCUAUGGCGCCGGGAAAAGCGAGAACUGAUGCGACCGCUGAAGGUGCAAAUGGGCAUGGAUGAAGGCGAAGAAGGCCUUGAUCAUGGUGGUGUCCAGCAGGAAUUCUUCCGUGUAUUGAUGAGCCAAGCUUUGGAUCCAUCGCACGGCAUGUUCACAGUUGAUACCCGUCAUCGUGUGUCCUGGUUCCAGCCUUGUGCGUUGGAACCUUUGUACAAAUUUGAACUGAUCGGCUUGUUGAUGUCCAUUGCCAUCUACAAUGGUCUUACGUUGCCUGUCAAUUUCCCAAUCGCUUUUUACCGCAAGCUCUUAGGACUCAAGGUGAAGCAUUUGGAACAUAUCCGUGAUGGAUGGCCAGAGCUAUCACAGGGUCUUGAUACAUUGCUGUCAUGGAAAGAUGGCGACGUUGGGGACAUUUUCACACGCACAUACGAAUUUAGCUGCGACGUCUUCGGUCGAAUUGAGACAAUCGACAUGCAACAAGUUGAUCGUGACGCUUCUUGGCCUCUCUCUAGCAAAAUUGCCGAACGCGGCUCUACUCCAGGGUCCAGUGCCUGGAUGGACAUCCCAAGCUAUUCUCAGCCGACAGCGACCAGUCCACAGUCCAUGGCCGUCGAAACCGGCGCCUCAUCAAAGCAUGGCUCAGAUACCCAGUCAUUGGCUGAGUCUUUAUCGCAUUCACCUCCAGAAGAGGCCGGUCUUGUCACCAAUCAAAACCGACACCAAUUCGUGAAGGACUAUAUCUUCUGGCUCACGGACAAAUCGAUCCGACCACAGUUCGAGGCGUUCCAAAGAGGCUUCAACACAUGCCUUGAUCGAUCGGCUUUGUCUAUCUUCACCCCCGAAGCCCUCAAGACCGUGGUAGAAGGCAUCCAGUCAAUUGACGUGAAGGAGCUCGAGACUCAUGCUCGUUAUGAGGGUGGAUUUAGCCCCGAUCAUCGUGUGAUUCGUGACUUCUGGAGUGUCGUUCAGGAAUAUCCCAAUGAGAAAAGGGCACAGUUGCUCGAAUUUGUCACUGCCAGUGAUCGAGUUCCUGUCAAUGGAAUCUCCAGCAUUAUGUUUGUCAUCCAGAAAAAUGGUGUCGGCAAUGUGCGUCUUCCCACUAGCUUGACGUGCUUCGGGCGCUUGCUUCUGCCGGAGUAUUCAUCGAGAGAGGCAUUGGCCGAGAAGCUUGACAAAGCUCUUGACAACGCCCAAGGAUUCGGAGUGGCCUGA